AGAGAAAUAUUGGGGGAUGCUUGCUUCUAUUGCAGAUUUGGGCGUGGGAGAGAUUGCCCAUGGUGCGGCCGCGAAACGUUUUGCCAUAUGAGAAUCUACAGGAUAUGCCCUAUGGGUGCAGGUGGGCAUGUCGGCACAAUUGGGAACAAAGUUCUCGGUAUACUCUACGUAUUUAUCGAGAUCAGAUGGACGGGAUCCGAGAGAACGAGUUCGUGUGGCGCCCAUACGCAUUACAAGCCCUCCCCAGGUUCUGCGUCGCGGGAGUAGAUUUGUGGACAUCUAAUGUCAUGCUUAUAUAUUGUGACAUUUCUGAGAUGUACUACCCCGGUAGAUUUUGUCGUCAAUUCGGUGCAAUGCAACAUAUUCCUCCCGCAGCGGAAUCACAAGCUAGCCACCAUGCAAGUGGUGCAAAAAAUUCUGGAUGGCCAUUGACACUAUGGGCGGUGAGGCACAAUAUUCGUAUCGCAUUUGAGUUCGUUGAUCAUCCCACCUACACUCCUGCGUACCGUGAAUGGUACGCAAAUGUCGGGAAACGACGGAUUUGCAAUCCGUUACAUGGUCGACCUACAACGGGUUAUGUAACUACUAACAGGGAGACAAGUACACUAAUGCAAUGUAUGGGCGAUAUCUAUCGACGCAUGGCAGCUCCAUUUGACGUCGAAGACAUUCGCGAGCAAAUUGCACGAUGCCUUACAGGAUUAGGUGACGAGAAUGUGCUUCAUCAAGACAUCAUUUUCUAUGGGGAUGCCCAUGAUGAUGCAGUGGAUGAUCAUCCUCCACUUCGGCAAGACCGUAGAAGAGUCGCG